AGCAACACGUGGCUGGGUCCAGGGCAAGCUCCUGGCAUGGCCCCAUCCCAGCCCGGCAGGCAGAUCCCGUCCCCCGCUUUCCUCGGGCCGGGGGGACCGGCCGAGGACGGGCCUCCCUGGGAGGGCUGCGUGUUUCCGCCCGAAGUGGGGGAGCCCUUAGCCGGUGACACCGGGGCCAGGGGUCGGCCGCCUGGCCCGGGCAGGGCGGACGAUGGCUCCGGCUCCGGCUCCCGCUCCCGGCUCAGGGCUCCGGCGGAAAGGGGCGGCGGGGCCGGGCUCGCUGCGCCAGGGCCUGCGGCGAGCCUGGCAGGAGAAGCACCGGGUGCUCCUGGCGCCGCAGUACACGGGGCUGGUGGCCGCCUGGCUCUGCCUGGCGGAGACACAGAGAUCGACUGGAAAGCCUACAUGGAUGAGGUGGAGGGAGUCGUUAACGGGACCUUCGAUUACACCCGGCUGAAGGGAGAUACCGGGCCCCUGGUUUACCCCGCCGGGUUUGUUUACAUCUUCCUGGGUCUCUACUACAUCACCAGCCGCGGCACCAACAUCCGUUUGGCGCAGUAUCUCUUUGCCGCACUCUAUCUCGUGACGCUGCUGCUUGUCUUCCGCAUCUACAGCCGGACCAGAAAGGUCCCCCCCUAUGUUUUCUUUUUCAUGUGCUGUGCCUCCUACCGCAUCCACUCCAUCUACAUCCUGCGACUCUUUAACGACCCCGUCGCCAUGGCCAUCCUCUUCCUCGCAGUCAACCUCUUCCUGGAAGAACGCUGGUCCUGGGGCUGCUUCUUCUUCAGCCUGGCCGUGUCGGUGAAGAUGAACGUCCUGCUCUUCGCUCCAGGGCUCCUCUUCCUGCUUCUCUGGCGCUUCGGCCCCCUGGGCGCCGUCCCCAAGCUCUCCAUCUGCGCGCUGCUGCAGGUGGUCCUGGGGCUGCCCUUCCUGCUGGAGAACCCUGUUGGGUACGUGACCCGCUCUUUCGACCUGGGCCGCCAGUUCCUUUUCAAGUGGACGGUGAACUGGCGGUUCCUGCCAGAGGAGGUUUUCCAGCAUCGGGCCUUCCACCUGGCACUUCUCGCAGCCCACCUGGCCGCCCUGGGACUCUUUGCACUGCACCGGUGGCACAGGUCUGAGGGGAGUCUCUUGUCACUGCUGAAGGAUCCAGCAGAGAGGAAGAGUCCGCCCCAGCCCCUGACGGCCAACCAGGUCGUCUUCGUUCUCUUCACCUCCAACUUCAUCGGCAUUUGCUGCAGCCGGUCCCUGCACUAUCAGUUCUACGUGUGGUAUUUCCACACCCUGCCCUACCUGCUGUGGUGCACACCCGCCGGGAAGCUCAGCCACCUGCUGAGGGUGAUGAUCCUGGGCCUCAUCGAGCUCUCCUGGAACACGUACCCCUCCACACUUUGCAGCUCAGCCUUCCUGCACGUGUGUCAUGGGAUGAUCCUGCUGCAGCUCUGGUACGGCACCACUGCCCCCCUGGAGCCACAGGGCCCUCCCGCUGCCCAGAAAACAACCCCCUCCCUGAAAAAGACCCAGUGAGACCGUGGGCAGCUGGACGAUGGGACCUGCAGCCCCUCUCCCUGGGAGCUGGAACUGGAUAUUCUGCCUGGGUGGGACGAUGCCCUGGGCUGAUAGCUCUGGCUGCUGAAUUUCCAGGUUCUGCAGAUGCCGCUCAGCUGGUGGCACUGCCUGUCCUACCCGGCGGCUGAGUGGAGCAGCCCCUCCCCCCGGGGACACCUGUUACAUGGGAUUUCCUCAAUAAAUGUGGCAAUGUCCUUGUGGGCUCUCCUGACCCCGGCCUGCAGUCUG